AAAAAAAAACUAGAAAUCAUACACAAACCGAAUCAUAAAAAAGAUUAUAGAUCUUUAAGCGUUAUUCUUUUUUUUUCAGAAUAGAGAUAAAUCCAAGUUAAAAAGUGAUUUUUUGAGACGGUUUAACUCAUUAAAAAGGAAAUAAAGUAGAAAGGAAAACCAGUGGUUGUAUAAAACAUUAUAAAAGGAGGGCUAAUGUAUUCUCUUUUGGUUCAUUCACACAUUCAACAACGCUUUCUGAUUCAGCUGAUUUCAAGAUUUGCUUCUAAAACUUUCUUUCUUCGAUAAAUAUUUGUGAUCACUCGUGUUAUAAUGGCGACAAGAACGAGAAUUUUCAGCUUCGUGUUCAUGAUGAUGAGCUUCACGGUUCUCUUGGGUUGCUGCUGCUCGGCUAGGAUCUACAAAGUUGGAGACUCCAAAGGAUGGACUGCUAAGGACGAUGUCUAUUACGCUUGGGCCGAGACCGACCAUAAGGAGUUCCACGUGGGAGAUUCACUGAUCUUUGAAUACGAUCCCAUCAUUAAUGACGUGACUCAAGUUUCUGGUGCUUUGGAAUACGAGUUAUGCGACUAUUCUUCUCCACAAGCCGUCUAUAACACAGGACACGAUAUCGUGACUCUCACGGAACCAGGUUUUCACUACUUCAUCACCUCAAACCAAACUCAAUGCGUACUGGGACAGAAGCUCGACGUUCUUGUCAUCCAUGACCCAUCACGUCCGGUUCCUCCACCACCACCGAGCAAGAUACUUCCUGUCGGAAAGACCUACAAGGUCGGAGACUCGGAAGGAUGGAAAGUCUAUGACAGUGACUUUUAUAACAAGUGGAGCGAGGGGAAACAAUAUCAAGUCGGAGAUACUUUGCUUUUCGAAUACGCCAACGAAGUAAACGACGUUUAUGAAAUCAUCGGUGAUCUAGAGUUCAUUACAUGCGACCCAACAUCUCCUGUAGCCGUGCACAAGACAGGACACGAUCUUGUUAGGCUGACCGAACCAGGAGUUCAUUAUUUCAUAACCUCACAGUCGGGUUAUUGUGAGGCUGGACUUAAGCUUCGAGUGGUGGUGGGGCCACUAGCCAAAGCUGUUUCUAACCCUAAUUUUCCCAAGAAAAUGGACUUGUCAGCUAUGGAGCGUCUCAACAACUGGUUACAGACUUUCAAAUCCCAUCAUUAACCCAUCUGUUAUCUUAUUUGGUUUGAGCUUUUUUAACCACUUUGGAGUUAUUGUGGUCUCUCUCUAGUCUCGUUUAGCUUCUUUAGUGCUUUGUUUCGAGAGUAUAUUACCAUUGUUGUAGAAUUUAUUUGUUUCGAGAAGUAUUCAAGAAAACGUCAUGUUUGGUUAAACAUAACUGAGCCAACAAUAUAACUCGACUACACUUGUGUGGUUUAUCUAUCUAAAUUCUUAAGGCAUGUCUUUCGUCUCCUGUAAGGCUAGUUGCUCACUACUUUAUGUUUCUUUUAGAUAAAGAAUAUAUACUGAUGUAUCUAGUAUAAUAUAUAUUAUUUAUUAUAUAUACAGCAUAACGUCUCUAACUCAUAGCAAUUGAAUGUGAUGAUGCUAUAAGCUACAUAUAGACGAGUAUGGUAUGCAUGAGCAUGGGCAUGAGCCGCCAAAAGUCAACAUAUAUAAAAAAGAGCAUUGCUUUCCGAAGUUCUUAAUGUGUUAAACAUCCCGAGACAAUAUCUAAAAAAUAAAAUUAUUAUUAUUUUAUUUAUAUGUCUGUAUUUUAAUUUUCUUUAAUCAACUGGAAUUCUAUUUAACUGAUACUUUAGAGAUUAGAGGAAUAGUAAGUAUCUAAACCUCUCUAAAAUAAGAACUUUUCAUUAGUCUCUUUUCUACAUUUUUUUUAAUUCAUUUAUUUUUAAAGAUCAGAACCUUGGUGGAAACUAUCGUUAAAGAUGCUCUAGAGGGGGUUGAUUCAGGAAUUAGGAAUUAGGGACCAAUAUACAGUGCAACGGUGCAAUUUCCCUGAUGUAAAACUAAAUUGUUAUAAAAAUAAAAAAUAACCUAACACUAAACUGUAGAGACUAAACAAUUAAUCAACUAACUUAAAAAA